AGCAACACAAAUAAAAUAUAGAAAUUGGAGAGGCUGUGACCUAUUUUCCACCUCCUUUCUGUUUCCCCGUCAACUCAAUCCAUCUUCAUUUCUUUCCCUCAUUUUCCUUUUGCUUGUUCAUCUCUCUAUUUGAUUUCUUUGUCGUAAUUCCACCAUGUCUUUCAUUGGAGAGGCUGCUCUUUCUGCGUUUUUGGAGUUGUUGUCUGGCAAGUUGGUUGACUAUGUACUCAACUUUGUGGCAGAUCACAGGCAAGUCCACAAGCAAUUCAAGCAGUGGCAAUCCAUAUUACCCGAGAUCAAAGCAGUGUUGAAACAUGCAGAGGAGAAGCAGAUCAAGGACGAGGACGAGGGUGUGAAGAAUUGGUUGGACGAUCUCCAAGACUUAGCUUACGAUGUGGAUGACAUCUUGGACGAGUUCGCUUACGAGGAGUUACGCCUCAGGCUCCAAGAAACUCAAGCUCAAGCCAGCACUAGUAAGGUACAGAAACUCAUUCCUACCUGCUGUACUGGUGCUAAUUUCUCUCCAUCCUCUUUUAUGUUCAAUACUAAGAUGAUUUCAAAGAUUCAAGAAAUCACUGAUAGACUGAAUAGUUUGAACACUCGAAGAAGUAGUUUGGGGUUGAGUGAGAUCAUGUCUCAAGGCGCAACUUCCAAGGGAAAGAAACCAAGGCUGCAACCAACUUCCUUGAUGGAUGGAGCUGUGGAGUAUGUUGGUAGAGCCAAUGAGAAGCAAGAAAUGCUUGAGUUGCUCAAAAGUAACAACUCCGAUGGAGUUUGUGUCCUUUCCAUCGUUGGCAUGGGAGGCAUGGGGAAAACAACUCUUGCUCAGCUUGUUUACAAUGAUCCCAGCAUUAAGGAGUCUUUUGAUCACAAGGCCUGGGUUUGUGUUUCUGAUGAAUUUGAUGCAGUUAAUAUAACUAAGACAAUUUUACAGUCCAUCACUUCUGAGCCAUGCACUUACAAUGACCUGAAUUUAAUUCAAGUCAAGUUGAAGGAGAAUUUAUCUGGAAAAAGGUUCUUGCUUGUUUUAGAUGACAUUUGGAACGAGAGUUACACUGAUUGGACCAUCUUACGGGCUCCAUUUGAAGCAGGAACCAAGAUUAUUGUAACAACUCGACUCGAAAAGGUUUCAUCUAAUGUGGAUUCGGUGAAAGCUUUUUAUUUGGAUAAACUCUCGUAUCAUGAUUGUUUAUCCAUAUUUGCUCAGCAUGCAUUGAAAGCAAGAAACUUUGAUGGGCAUCUCCAAUUUAAAGAAGUUGGUGAGAACAUAGUGAGAAGGUGCAACGGCUUACCUUUGGCAGCAAAAGCCAUUGGAAGCUUAUUACGCACAGUUAAGGAUCAUAGUGAAUGGGGAAAGAAUAUAUGAGAGCGAGAUAUGGAACCUACCAGAAGAUCCAUGUGGCAUAAUUCCUGCUUUGCGAUUAAGCUAUCAUUAUCUUCCUCCGCAUCUGAAACGAUGCUUUGCAUACUGCUCCAUAUUUCCUAAAGAUUAUGAAUUCGAAGAAGAAGAGAUAAUCUUGUUAUGGAGAGCAGAAGGUUUCCUGCAACCAAAAGCUAAAACUCAAGCCAAAGGACUUGGAAACCAAUAUUUUCAAGAUCUAGUGUCGGGGUCAUUUUUUCAAAUAUCUAGUAAAGAUAAAUCCCGUUUCGUGAUGCAUGAUCUUAUGAAUGAUUUAUCUCAAUUAGUUGCAGGAGAAAUAUGUUGCAAACUGGAGGGAGAUAAGCAACAAAAUUUUUCACACCGCUCUCGUCAUUCGUCUUAUGUUUUUGAUGAUCCGUUUCACAGUGUAAAGAAGUUUGAAGCAUUUUAUCAAACAACUUGUUUACGUAGUUUCCUACGCCUAAUGCCUCCAAGAUAUGGGAAUUCCUAUUUAACUAAUGUUGUCUUGGAAGAUUUGUUGCCAAGACUUAGCUACUUAAGGGUUCUUUCUUUGUCUGGGUAUUUGAUCUAUGAUUUGCCCGACUUUUUUGAAAAUUUAAAACUUCUACGAUACUUAAAUUUGUCCACAACUGCAAUUACAUGUUUACCUGAUUCUUUGUGUACUCUUUAUCAUUUGGAGACUUUACUAUUAAGAAAUUGUUCAAGGCUCAAAAAUUUACCCUCUAAGAUCGGAAACCUUGUCAACUUGCAUUUUCUUGAUAUUAGAGGUGCGGAUUCAAUGGAAAAGAUGCCCUCCGGAUUUGAUCAGCUAAUCAAGCUUCAAACUUUAUCUGAUUUUGUUAUAGGGGAAGGUGAUGGACAUCUUAUUAGAGAACUGAAAAUUUUGUCGAACCUUAGAGGUAAUUUUUGUCUUUCUGGGUUGGAGAAUGUUAAUGGUCAAGAUGCGAGGGAAGCUAAGUUAAAUGAGAAGCUAGGGAUUGAUGUGUUAGAACUACGAUGGGGUACAUACUUGGAGAAUAAUACAAGGAAAAAAGAAGUUGAAGAGCGGGUGCUAGAAUUUCUUUGUCCUCAGAAAAAGCUUAAGCAACUCAUCAUUGCGAAUUACGGUGGUGCAAAAUUCUCGACUUGGAUAGGAAAUCCUUCCUUCCAGAAUUUGUCAUCUUUGAAGCUUUGCAAUUGUAAAAAUUGCAAAUCACCGCCAUCAGUUGGAAGGUUGCCAUUGUUAAAAGAUCUUUCAAUUAUUGGUUUGGAUCAGGUACAAAAGAUUGGUGUUGAGUUCUUUGGAGAAAAUGAAUUGAAGCCAUUUGCAUCAUUAGAGAUUCUAUCUUUUAAGAGUCUUCCAAACUGGAAGGAGUGGGACAGUUGUGAAGGAGAAGAGAAGGUUACGAGAAGGUUUUGAAAUUCCCCAGCCUUCGUGAGCUUUCAAUCGUAGACUGUCCUCAGUUGUUGAGAAGGUUGCCUACCCAUGUUUCCUCCUUGCAAAAACUUAAAAUUCAUACGUGUACAAGUUUGGUAGUUUCAAUAUCAAGUUUCCCAUCACUAUGUGAAUUAAGUAUAGAUGGGUGUGCAGAAGUGGUGGAUGAUUGCUCUUCUCCUGCUAAGGAGGUUUCCUCUUUGCAAACUUUGUCUCUUUCUAAAAUUUCAAAGUUUAAUAUUCCUGCAGAUAGGAUAAUGUUGAGGUUUGGAAACUCAAAACAUUUUGAAAUUAAAGAUUGCAGGGAGUUGGCAUCUUUAUCACAACAUGGGGUUGUCCUCAAUUGCACUCUUUGGAAACUGAGGAAGCCGACUUGCAACCUGACAAGAUUUCACGUGUUGAAGCUCUGAAUAUAGGUUAUUGUAAUGGGCUCAAUAGACUGCCAAAAGUCUUACACGAGCUCACAUUCCUUACAGUGAUGGAAAUUUGUAGUUGUCCAGGCUUAGUUUCUUUUGCAGAGAAUAACUUUCGUCCUAAUUUAAAAAAGCUGAAAAUUUCAUUCUGUGCGAAUUUGGAGUAUUUGGUUGAUGGAAAGGAAGAUAAUAAGAGUAUGAGUAGUAUCCUCCGUCUUCUUGAGGACUUGGAAAUAGAAUGGUGUGGAUCUCUAAUGUCUUUGUCAUCGAAGGGGCACAAAAAUAUUUGCAAUUCACUUCAACUUCUCCGAAUUGCCUGCUGCUCAAAGCUGAGUUGCCUAUUUCCAAGCACCAAGUUACCCAUAACGCUUAAACGUUUGGUAAUUGAUAUGUGUCCAGAGUUGGAAUCCAUAGCCCAAGAGUUUGAUGAAAUUGCUUGUCUUGAAUCUAUUCUAAUUUUAAGUUCUGAAAUUAAAUCUCUACCACGAGGACUAGACAAGCUCAUCCAUCUCCAGGAGAUUCGAUUGAAAAAUUGUUCAAAUUUGAUUUCUAUUGAAGAAAGUGGGUUGCUCUCCACCAGCCUCAGAGUUUUCGAUGUUGAGGGUUGCAGAAAAUUUGGGGCCCUUCCUAAGUGCAUGGUCAGCAUCACCUCCCUUCAACAAUUAAUUGUGUUCAAUUGUUCGGCUGAUAUAUCAUUUCCAUCGGAGGGUUUCCCUGCCAAUCUCACAUCACUUGCAAUCUCAAACGCACCCAAAAUUUAUAGGUCACUUGUGGAAUGGGGAUUAAAUAGACUCACCUCUCUUCAACGCCUCACCAUCGGAGGUGGAGGAUGCUCAAACGUGGUAUCGUUCCCAGAAGAAGGGAUUGGAAUGGUGCUGCCUCCUUCUCUCACCUGUAUCCACCUUUCAUAUUUUGAUAAUCUGGAAUUCAUGUUCUCUGAGGGCUUUCAAGACCUCGCCUCUCUUCAAGAAUUGCGCAUCUUUAGUUGUCCCAAGCUAACAUCUCUACCGGAAAAAGACAUGCUUCUCUGGCUUGGUGUUUUAUCUAUUUUCAAUUGUCCGUUGCUGAUCGAAGAGUGCUCAAGCGAUAAAGGACGAGAGUGGUCUAAGAUUUCCCACAUACCUGAAGUUGUAAUUGAUUUUCAAAAAGUAAUCCCGAGGAGAUCAGAUUGAAAGACCAAAAUCUAUCAUUGGUUUCUUCAGAGUCAUGGGACAGGCAUUGAAAGCUAAGUAGGUGUGGAAGUGGGGUUUGAGAAAGAUGGUUUGAAGGAAAAGUAAACAUAUUCAACAGAUCAGCUUUAGCUUAUUUGAUAUAAUACAGGGAGCAGUUAGUUAAUUCUCUGCUACACUGAUUGAGCAAUAUGCAUGAUUUGAAAAUGACAUUGCUUUCUCUAUUCUCCAACUACGUAUUGAUGGCUUUCCUUUGCAACAUAGUAAUAAUUAUGAAGGCAGUGUAUUUCCCAUGUUGUGGAUAUUGUGAUUGGGUGUCACUUUGGAACAAUGCAUGUAUUUCCGGUUGUCCUUUGCUAAACAAGGUUGGAAUUUCACUCAAGCCUUGUGCAUGUGUCAAUGGUGUUUUAGUAUUUUCAGAGAGCUGAAGUGAUGAUGUUUGUAAGCUUUGGGGUUUAAUUUUGUAGUAGCAUUAGGUAAUCGGUUUUUGUGUGAUGUGAGCAUUGUCUGUUGUAAUCUCCCGAUUCUUAUAGUGAAUUCACUUUUUAUCCUGA